CCUUCCGGAUUGCCCCUGUUUUUCUCUAAUGUGACCAGACGGAAUGUAAACAAAGGCGAACCUCGACUCGGACUCUAUUUUUAAUUCUUUUGAAAACCGUUUGGAUUAGAUACUCCAAAAGAUCACUUGAAGACACUUGAGACAACCAAAUGGGGGGGUUGCUCAUUGCCGGAGGUCGAUGGGGGUGGGUGUUGGGGUGUCACUUCGGGACCCCUCCACCCUCCCACCACCCAGUAGUGUAACACGAAGCUUUACGAGCUGCCGUCAUCACAUGGCACAUGGAAAUUUCCACUCCGUCUCCUUGCUUGUUAAAUGGGAAGGGUCUCCCCAUCUCUUCAAUAGUCCUCCUCCUCCUGCUGCUUGCUGCUACUUACAAUUGCCGUCCACUCACACUUGGGUCAUAUUAGGGUUAAAAAAAAUUAUUUAAAAAGCAGUUAAGCGGGUGGGGGUUGAAGCAGCGCAUUGCUAUCUUGGGACCGCUGAGACUGUCAAGCGAGCAUUGGAAAUAAGUCACCCCGCCGUGAAGCAUAAUGCCGGGAAUCGUGGAUCGCAUGGAGCUGAGGAAAGUCGCCACGGAGGCCGACGACGACAGCAUGGACAGUUUGGAUGACCGAUUCACCGAGACCAUCGAUUCCGAAAAGGCCACCAUCAACAGUCAGUUCCUGGACGACAUGGAUGAUGGCGAGAGCCAGAAGUUCCUGACGAAUGGAAUGAUGAAGAAGAAAUAUGAAGAGUAUCAUGAAGAAUACCAUCCGGGCCACACGUCCUUUGGAAUGUCCGUCUUUAACUUAAGCAACGCCAUCAUGGGCAGCGGGAUCCUGGGCCUGUCGUACGCCAUGGCCAACACGGGCAUUGUCUUGUUUACACUCCUACUCAUAGCGGUCGCCAUCCUCUCCUUGUAUUCUGUGCAUCUGCUCCUUAUGACCGCUAAGGAAGGAGGAUCCCUUAUCUACGAAAAACUGGGAGAAAGGGCGUUUGGAUGGCCGGGAAAGAUAGCGGCGUUUGGAUCCAUCAUUAUGCAAAAUAUCGGUGCCAUGUCGAGCUACCUCUUUAUUGUGAAGUACGAGCUGCCGGAAGUGAUUCGGGCAUUCUUGGGUUUAGAAGAAAGCACCGGUGAAUGGUACCUGAACGGAAACUACCUGGUGAUAUUUGUGUCCAUCGGAAUUAUUUUCCCCUUGUCGCUGCUGAAAAACCUCGGCUACCUGGGCUACACAAGUGGUUUUUCUCUUUCCUGCAUGGUCUUCUUCCUGGGAGUGGUGAUCUACAAGAAAACUCAGCUCCCCUGCCCUCUUCCGUUCCUGGACCACCCAUCAGCCAACCUAAGCAUGAACGCCUCGCACAUGCCGGGCGUGUACGCGUUACACAACCGCUCAGAGCAGAUGGACUUCUCCCGGGCGGACAUUUCCCCGGCCGUCACGGAGAGCCACGGCGCGCACGCCUCCACCGGCGUCCACUUCGAGGCGCACCACGACGACGAGGACAUGUGCACGCCCAAAUACUUUAUCUUCAACUCACAGACGGCGUACACUGUGCCCAUCCUGGCCUUUGCCUUUGUGUGCCACCCGGAGGUGCUGCCCAUCUACAGUGAGCUGAAAGAUCGCAGCAGGAAGAAGAUGCAGACCGUCUCCAACCUGUCCAUCUUUGCGAUGCUCGUCAUGUAUAUGAUGUCGGCGCUAUUUGGCUACCUCACCUUUUACGAAAACGUUGAGGCGGAGCUGCUUCACACCUUCACCAAGGUUUACAAGUUUGAUACCCUGCUACUGAUGGUGCGUUUGGCUGUCCUCACUGCCGUCACGCUGACUGUCCCCAUUGUGCUCUUCCCUAUUCGAUCCUCCAUCACUACUUUGCUGUUCAGCGGCCGAAGUUUCAGUUGGCCUCGCCACAUGCUCAUCGCCGCCUGUAUCUUGUUCUUCAACAACAUGCUGGUCAUCUUCGUCCCAACCAUCCGAGACAUCUUCGGUUUCAUCGGUUCCUCGGCAGCCACCAUGCUCAUCUUUAUCCUCCCCGCGGCCUUUUACCUCCGCCUGGUGAAGACGGUCCCGCUUCGCUCCCCACAGAAAAUCGGGGCUGCUGUUUUCCUGGUCGUGGGAAUCGUCUUCAUGAUUGGCAGCCUGUCACUCAUAGUUCUCGACUGGAUCCACAAUCCACCGGGUUCCAGCGGGGGGCACUAAAGGCACCACCGAUGGCCUCCCUGGGGAGACGCCGCAGUCCCUCCUCAAACUGAUUUACCACAAUAGCUGGACAUAUCAAGAUGUUCUUCAGACUUUUCAGAUGAGUUUCGCUGUAUUUUUUUUUGGGGGGGGGGUUGUUUGUUUGUUUUUUUUAGUUGUACAGAAAGAAAGAAAAAAAAAAGAUCUCGAAGCGCAAGAGACAAGCAGACGCUGGGAAGCAUCGUCGUAGCUCCGAUUCCCGAGGCGCCAAGAAACUGAACGAACACACUUUCCAAAAUGGCCGCCAUGCCCAACCCAGGUUCCGCGCACUCGAAUGUGACAUUCGGAGCGGGAGUCUACGAGCCACCCUGGAAAACACGGGAGCACUUCCAUGCAUCGCGUUUGUGGCGUCGGACUAAACACGUGUACACUCGCAACCAGACCGUCUCAUUCGCUGCGCAAAUCGAGAAAAACAGGACAGCAGUCGACGGGCUUCGCGCGAUCCACAGGGCUGAAGCGGUGGAGACGCUUCCAGUAUUACAGUCACGGGGGUGGUGGGGGAGGGCGGGGGGGGGGGGGGUGUUGAAACGGUAUAUGUAUAUAAUUGUCUACUAAAUAGGUGAAUGUUGUACAUAAUGCGGAGAGUCUGCUUCGGGCACUUGAUGUAUGUCCGUUCGACUAAAAACAAAGCAUGCUAUUUUUGUAAGCAAUUAGCAGCUGGAAUGUUUUUGGGGGUUUUUGGUUUUGGGUUGUUGUUGUUUUUUUUUUUUCCCCCCCCUCAUGAUGCAGUACACAAAGAAAGUGUCAAUCAUGCCGGUCAACCCCUGUGAUGAGGAUUUUCAACUGGCGCCAUUAAGGUGCAGUCAUACUCCGGAGAAGACAAUGUGACACGUUUUGACACAAAAGCUAAACGUUUGCUUUGAAAAAAGGAAAAAAAAAAAGGUCAAACAGGUUGAAUCUGUGACUGGAUAUCGCGGUGUAGUCUUGUUGUUCAUUUGAUGGAUUUUUUAUAAAAGUAAAUGCGAUUGGGGCACCACCAUCCAUUCAUGAACUGGUGCCUUCAUUGAAAAUAAUCAGCAUUUAAAAAAAAAAAAAUUUAAACCUCACGACUGCGUAGGUCAUAUCUUUUGAACUUGUGCCUUUCCGGCUGUGAAUUGGCUUUUAUUUACCGGUGCCUUGAAUGAGAACGACGACGACAUCAAAGUCUCCUCUCUGUGUCACAUCCAGCCAAAGCGGACAACAUUUACAGAUCCUAUGCGGAUCUAAACGCAUGAAGCAUAGAGAUAUUUCAAAUGAAAUCGUGUUUCUGUGCAUGAUUCUUUUUUUUUUUUUCGGGGGGGGGGGGGCACAAGGUCUUUUUUGGAAAAUUGUAUAUGCUUUGUAAAUAAUUUUAUUUUAUUGCACACCGACUCUGUUUUGCUGAGUAUCUUCUGCAAUCCAUUGUUUUAGUAUAUAUAAAUAUAUAUAUAACAUGCAUUUUGAUUUUUUUUUUUCCUCUCACUGUACGAAAGUAGUUUGUUUUUUGUCUUUGAUUGUAUAUAUGGAGGAAAUCUUUGCUCUGUCCCAUUUUUCACAUGGUUUCGACCGACCGUCGCAUCAGAAUGAUUUGAGUAGGUCGUCGCAAAGUUUCACACAGUCUGUCGCUUGUUAUCUCUUGCUGGCCAACACUGUGGAGGCGACCUGUGAGCAAUAUUAAGGUGGGAAAGGGGUGUGGGGGUGUGGGGGUGUGGGGGGGACGUCCAUUGGGCUCCGCCUGGACAAUCGAUGCUCUGAUCUCACUGUGCAUUUACUGCUGCCAUAGAAACACAUGGGGAGGUAUUACUUGAACCUUGGAAAGCUUUCCACAGGCCUUUUAAACGUCAUCAGCAUCCCGACUGAAGGGCCCGCCAGAUGGGUACAAUCUCCGAAAUUAAGAACGUUUCUUUAUUUUGCUCCCACCCUCCCACAAUAUGCUUUUGAUCGGAGCGCAGUGCAUUUUGCACACUGUGGGAAUUAAAAGUGAGUUAUACUUUUUUUUUUAAUUGUACCCAUUCAAAGGGCUUUUUUUUUUGUAUGUGUGGUGCCGUUUCAUUAGGAGGAAGAAUAAAAAGAAAAGUGGAAAAAAAACGUC